AUGAGCGGCAGCGAAGACGAAGAGUAUGAGACGGGAAGGCCAGUGGUGAUAGACAAUGGCAGUGGAAGAAUCAAAGCUGGUUUUGCUGAUGAUGAGGCUCCUCGGUGUGUCUUUCCAUCCGUUGUAGGACGUCCAAAGCAGAAGGGUGUCAUGGUGGGAGCAGGACAACGGGACUGUUAUGUUGGCGAUGAUGCGCAGGCAAAGAGAGGAAUCCUGAAGCUGAAUUACCCCAUUCAGCACGGAGUUGUGACCAACUGGGACGACAUGGAGAAGAUCUGGCAUCACACUAUUUUCAAUGAGCUUCGAGUUAUACCGGAAGAACAUCCUGUCCUAUUGACGGAGGCUCCUCUGAAUCCCAAAGCCAACAGAGAGAAGCUGUGUGAGAUUUUCUUCGAAGUUUUCAACUGCCCUGCCUUCUACGUCGCAGUGCAAGCAGUAAUGUCUUUGUAUUCCUCGGGAAGAACAACAGGAAUAGUGCUGGAUGCUGGUGAUGGAGUUUCACAUACUGUACCAAUCUAUGAAGGCUAUGCUCUUCCUCAUGCCAUUCUCCGUCUGGAUUUGGCUGGUCGUGAUCUGACGGAAUACAUGUGCAAACUUUUGACGGAAAGGGGAUAUUCUUUCUCGACAUCUGCAGAGCAAGAGAUUGCUCGCGAUAUCAAAGAAAAACUCUGCUUUGUAGCGCUGGACUUUGAUGAAGCCAUGAAGAAAGCCGCUGAAUCCAAUGACCUGGAGAAAUCUUACGAAAUGCCAGAUGGACAGGUCAUCGCAAUUGGGAAUGAGCGAUUCCGUUGCCCUGAAGCCCUUUUCAAACCCUCUCUCAUCGGGCUGGAGAACCCAGGCGUCCAUGAGAUGACGUACAACAGCAUCAUGAAGUGUGAUGUCGAUAUCCGUAAGGACCUGUAUUCCAAUAUCAUCAUAUCUGGAGGAACAACCAUGUAUGAAGGACUUCCAGAACGAUUGCAGAAGGAGAUCACUGCCCUUGCCCCACCUACAAUGAAAAUCAAAGUCAUCGCGGGAGCGGAGCGCCAGUUCUCUGUGUUCUGCGGUGCAGCUAUCCUGGCCUCGCUUACCACUUUCCAAGAUAUGUGGAUUUCGGUAGAUGAUUACAAGAACUUUGGUAAGACCAUCGUUCAUCGCAAGUGCUUUUAA